GCCAAACAUCCCUCUACCCCCGCUGCCCGUCCUCUCCCCACUCCUAAAACAUGUUCAACCGGUGUUCACCCCACAGUUCGUGGGAGAUCCCGAUCCCUCAGUGUUGAACGUCCCAAGACGCAUAGGUUCCCCACCCCCGUCGCACGCGCCUCCCCUUCCUGGACCGGCGACUAGCGCUCCAACAGGCCUGGGGAUCUACGCUCCUCGCGCAAUGGUUCCGAGCGAGCGCGUCCCUUUCCCUUCUGCUCCUGUUGUUCCUCAGGCACAGGGAGGGGAAAGCAAGCGCAUGAGCAUCGGCUUCUCCACACCUCCUGUCUUCCCCCCUCCUCGGACGACGAGGGGCUCCCUUCCCUCUUCAGUGAAGAAACCUGCGCUUGAGGAAGUGAGGGGUGAGGCGCUUGUUAAGCUUGAGGGAGGGGUAGUGGAAGGGAGGAGGACAGAGGGAGAAGGGGACAGAGAGGCGAAAGCGAGGAAACGGCGGUCCACUAUCGGGUUUGGGAUUGGCCUUAGCCUUGCAAUGGGGUGGAGGAAAGGGGCAGACUUGGAGAAGGAAGAAAGGAAAGGGGCAGAGAGUGAGAAAGAGAAAGGGACGCAAAACGAGGAGAAAGAGAAGGAACGGGAACAAGGGAAAGACAAGGAAAACGAGAAAGAGAAAGAGAAGGCGGGAAGAAGAAGAAGCGUAACCCUCGGCGCUACACGUCGGAGAUCGCUCUUCUUCUCCAACUCGCCGCCGAUGCCGGACUUGCCCCAGUCUCCCAAGUUCGCGCCGCCUUCUAACUCCUCCGAGAAGGACCGGAUGAUGCUCGCUUCCGAUCUCGGGCCGCUUCCGGCGAGACAGGCACCGGUCCAACAUGUGCAGGAAACGCAGCAGCCUUCGAAGCCUGAAGUCCCACCGGCUGUAGGAGAAAGACCGCCCAAACAGCGAACAAGAACCCAGUCUGACAAGCCCCUCCGCAGGCCAAAGAGCAUAGUCGGAUUUGCCAAUUUGCUUUCCCGUUCUGGUCCAACUUCGCCCGACGGGAUGGUGCCUCUCCCUGCUUCUGUUUCUGCCUCUGCGCGAGUGGGGAAGAUUGCGAAAGAUCUCGAGGAGAAGGAGCAGAAGGAGGGGAAAGAUGGAAAGGAAAAGAAGUUAAAGAGACCGAAGAGUCUAAUGGGCUUGGGAAGGCACUGGAUCGCUCCUCUCAAGGGGGAAGUGCCGCCUGUUCCUCCAGUUCCUCCUGUCCCGGCUCUUCCUCCCGGGGUUGUCGUUGCUGCUUCAGUCCCGGUGCCAAGUGGGAGCCGGUCAGCUCCUGCCGAUACAUCUUCAGCAUCUACAUCCACAUCGGUUUCGGCUUCAGCCUCCGUAUCGGCCUCAGCAAAGAAAUCCCGCCGGAAAUCCUUCUACAACCUCCCCUCCCUCUCUCUCUCGCACCAUCUUUCUCGUGCUUCAGAACCGGCGAAAGAACUUCCAGGGGUGAAGAUCGAUGGCGUACCCCGGGCUAGGAGGAAGAGCGGCGAUGUCGCGCUUGGUUCUUCUGCUGGAUUUGGACCUGGACCUGGGGUUAGGGAUCUUGGUGUCGAGAAGGAGAAAGCAGGAAAGAAACUCAGGAGACCGAAGAGUCUUGCCGGGCUGACAGCGCUCGUACUUCCCUCCCGGCAGGUGCCCGAUCUGCCCAAACUGCCUCAGUAUACUUCUGCUGGUGGGUCAGAUCGACAGAGCAUGAAGAGUGUAACGCCCGAGGCGGGUACCCCUGUUUCUCUGAAACGGCUCGAAACCCUUCAACGUCCGGAGACGGCUUCCACCACUUCUUCAUCCCGUACUGCGGGAGCCUCCAUCACCUCUGUACGGGCGCAGACCGCAUCCACCACGUCCAGCAAGCCCGGGACAACGUCCACCAUAUCCGUUUCCCUCCUUCGUCCACUACGAUCCAGUACGAGCUCUGAAGGCCGACAGCCUAUGACUCCCGAACGAGGCCCAAUUCUGACAGAUCCGGUUGUCCGUCCUGCCUCAGCUAUGAGCGAGCGAUCCCCUCCACCUUCUUACUCUGAACCGCGUGUGAGGACUCUCUCGCUUGGCGCUACCAGGCGGAUAUCAGCGAUCUUCCCGUUCUCUAACGCCAGCUCUGGCCUCAACCAUGAGCAGCCUAUCACCCGCGCGCCUGUCGCUCUCUCGUCCAUCCCCUCCCUCCCGUCUCUCCCUCACAUCCCCAUCUCCGACUCGAUGAGCACGCUCAAAACACCCGUGACGCCUUACUUCCCCUCCACCUCCAAUCUGGCAGACAACCUAGGGAUCAUAACCUCCACCCCACUCUCCCUCUCCUCCGAGUCUUCCCCCGGGACUUUCUCUGAACACACCUCCCCCAGCCUGACAAGCGAUAGCGUAACAGACGAAGCGGACGCGGAUGCCGACGGAAGCACAGACCCCGAGCUGGAGCUGGAGAUGCACACCCCGGUGGACGAGAUCGUCGACACGAGCGCAUGCGAGACCGAGUACGAUUCUGCCAAAGAGGACUUGGACGACGACGCGGUCGCUAGCCCCAGCGUGCCUAACCUCAAACUUGGGGAAAGCCCUUUCCAGGGACUGGGGAUCGAUUUGAGGUCGUUUUAGCCGAGCGGCAGUAACGAGAACGCCCAUGCGGAACGCGGGUCAUAUGACGAGGAAUAUAUUCAUUCUCACGGAGGGGGGUUUUACCGUGCUUGCAAGGACUUUGCACGAAACAGGACUCUGAUGAUCUUAACAAGAACAUUUCACGGACAUUCUAUUAAUCCUUCAUCAUCUCACAUCCACAUUUUUCAUUUCCUUGCGUUUGUUCCUCCUCCCGUCCUUUAUACUGGAUGGAUGGAGGUGUAAUGUCCAUGGAUUGGUGUGGUACUGAGGAGGACUCAGGAGGGCCUGGGGAUGGCAGAACUGCCUUUGUAGUAAAUAGUGACCCGCAACAUAGAGGUGUAUUGUUAGGAA